UAUUCUUUUCUGGGUAAUUCGCGUACGCAGAUAUUAAUAUUACAGAUAUAUACAUACAUACAUUCUGCAUCUUUUGUACGCCAUGGAGAAUCAAGGCAACGAAAAUCACGUUGAAAUCGAAACCGAUGAAAUUCCUGAUGAAUUCCAGUGUUGCGUUUGCCUGGAGCUUCUGUAUAAACCUGUUGUGAUAGGGUGCGGGCACAUAGCAUGUUUCUGGUGUGUAUUCAAAGCCAUGAAUUCCUUGCAGGAGUCGAGCUGCCCGAUUUGUCGGCACCCGUAUCAUCAUCUCCCCGCAGUCUGCAGAUUGAUGCAUUUUUUGCUUUUGGAGCUGUAUCCUUUGGUCUACAAAACAAGGGAAAUGCAGCUUGCAGAAGAAGAGAAGGUGUUAGGAUUUAUAUCUCCAGAGUUUGACGAUUAUGCAUCUGAAACUUGUUGCAAGGAGCUUGGUGUUAGAGACCCCACUUCACCACCACAUUCUAUCAUUGGUUUGCAAAGAUCUGAUUUUGCAACAGAAGGAGAAACUUCCUUAGUUAAUGAUUUAUCUAAAAACUCCAAAUGUGGGAAUGAAAUUAUGGAGCAAAAUCCUAAACAGGAGCUUAUGACUGACUUAAAGUGCGGGAUAUGCAAGCAGUUGUUAUGCUUGCCUGUAGUUCUUAAUUGUGGUCAUGUAUAUUGUGGGGAGUGUGUCUUCAGUCAAUGUGAUAAGUUGUGUAGAUGUCCAGUUUGUCAAAUGGAGCACCCAAAUGGGUACCCAAAUACGUGUUUGGUUCUCGAGCAUUUUCUAGAAGAGCAAUUUCCAGAGGAGUAUAUGGCAAGAAAAAGGACUUCUCUAAACAAAUCUGAUUCCGAGACUGCAAGCACCUCAACAUGUCAAACAAAAUUGAAGAAAGCUUCCCACUCUUCCUCAGCCCCUAUACAUGAUUACUGGGCAUGGUUAUCUGGCAAGGGGCCUAUGGUUCAUUAUGGAAUUGGUUGUGAUUAUUGUGGGAUGUAUCCGAUUGUUGGAGAUCGCUACAAAUGCAAAGACUGCAAGGAAGCGAUAGGUUUUGAUCUGUGCGAAGCAUGCUACAGUAGUUCAUCUAAUCUCCCUGGCAGAUUUAAUCAGCAACACACACCAGACCAUAGAUUUGAACUCUUACAACCAGUUCAAAUCAGGAAUUUGAUAUUGCUUCGUGAUCCUCAACAAUCAGCAGAUGGCCCUGUUUUCGCGUAUGUGGGGGAUUCCAUAGAACUUGAUUCUGUUCCAUUUGAUCCAAUGGAGAACACUGCUGGCUCAAUGGACAAUGGAGAAGACACCAUCCCUUAUCUAGAUGCCCCAGGGAACAAUGCUGCAGGUGCACCUUCCCAAAAUGACAACAGAGAAGACCCAAACUCUACUUCAGAUCACACAAUGGAUAGUGCAUAAGGCCAUAAAGGAGUUAAUAGCUCUGUUUCGCUAACAGCCAUUUGAUGCCGAGUUUAAUUGCCUUUGUUGUGGACACCAAUGUACAAGCACUUUGGAGAACUUAUAGGUCUCCCGCAAUCUACCUUCUCAACCAAGGCUCCAGAGUAAGGGUGGUGGGGCCUUCAGCAUUGGGGUGCAAUCGUUUUUCAUAUGCUACCAAAUUACUUAUGGUA